AUGGCUACGGCUGAGCUGAGAUACGCGCUAAUGUGUGGCAUGUGCUACAGUAUAUACACAAAUCCUGUAACUCUUGCUUGUGGACAUAACUUCUGCAUGGAUUGCCUUAAAAGAAUGUGGUAUUAUAGGGAUCGUGGCAUUUAUUACUGCCCUGAAUGUAGAUGCAGAUUUGCUAAAAGACCUAAACUUAAAAUAAACGAGGAGUUGUCUAACAUAGUGGAUCUUAUUUUUCCUACAAUGAGUAAGUACAGUAGUGUAAUACCCUGCACUUACUGUGUCUACAACCGUGUCCCUGCAACUAAAUCAUGUCUGCUAUGUGAGGCCUCACUGUGUGAUGUGCAUCUGAAGGCGCAUAGCAAGUCUGAAGAGCACCUACUAACUGAACCCACAAAUUCCUGGGGUAGCAGAAAAUGUUCCAUCCACAAGGAGCUGCUAAAGUAUUUCUGUGCUGAGGAUGUUUCUUGCAUCUGUGAGUCCUGCCUGGAUGAGAGCCAUAAAGAACACCAGGUGGAGCCAUUGCCUGAUGCUUUUAAGAAGAAAAAACUGAGACAUGUUAUAGAGAAGCUGAAGACCAAGAAAGAGGAGACUGUGGAAAUAAUCCUGAGUCUGCAGGAGCACGAGAGAGGGGUGCAGGAGAAAUCUGAUGAUCUGACUGUGCGAGUGUCUGGAAUGUUUGUAGACCUCAGGGAACAUCUGGAAGUGUUGGAGAAACAAGUCCUGAGUGAUAUUACCCAGAAGGAGAAGCAGAUUGUAGGACACAUCUCUGAUUUGAUCCAAAAACUGGAAAAUGAUGAGGAAGAACUGUCCGAAAGGAUAUCUCACUUAGAAGAGGUGGGCAAUCUGUCUGAUUUGUUAUCCAUACAAGAACAGCAGUCACCUAACAGUGAUCCUUGUGAUGCUGAGAGGGAAGUCAAAGAGGAAAAUCUGGUGACUGAUGAUAAAAAGAUACAAAAGAGAAAGCACAAUGUUGUUCCUGAUCAAGAGGAUUUGGAUGAGUUUCUGAUCUCCCUGGUGCUAGACAAAGGCUUAUUUAAUAUUCUGACUGAUGUAAAGACCAAGAGAGGUCUCUGCAUGCAGAAGGCUUCUGACAUAUUAUUGGAUGUUAACACUGCUGGUAAUUCUGUAAAAUUAUCAGAAGACUUGAGAACUGCUUUUUAUUGUUUUCUAGCAGACCGACCAAAAACACCAGAGAGAUUUGAUCGUAAUCAGGUAUUAAGCAUCAGGAAUUUUUCCUCUGGGCAGCAUUACUGGGAAGUGGAGAUCUGUAAGUCCUUUAUGUGGAGAGUUGGAAUGUCUUAUCACAGUAUAAGUCGUAGCGGAAGUGAAGCUGAGUUUGGGUAUAAUAGCAAAUCCUGGUGUCUGUCUGGUGCCUCUUUUUCAGUUUCUGCAUACCAUGACUCUAAAAGAAUAACCAUUAAUACUUCUUCCUACGGAAUUAAGAAAUUAGGAAUAUUCCUGGACUAUGAGGCUGGCUGUCUGUCCUUUUAUGAUCUGACUGACACUAUCAAGCUCUUGCACACCUUCAAUGCCACAUUUACUGAACCUCUGCAUGCUGCUAUUUGUGUUCAUUGUAGUGAUGAAAUUAGAAUCCUGGGCUAG